UCAAUGAAUUUAUCCAAGGCCAACAGCAAGAAGGUGGCAGCGCUGAAAACUGACAGCAGGAACCGGCUCACACAGUCCGUGACCCUAAGCACGAGGCGGCACUUCUAAGGACAAGUGUUGGUGCUGCUCGCUGUGGAAUUCACUGAGCCGCUCGGCUGGGAGGGGACCCGCGCACGCCCUAGGCCUCACCGCCCGGAGCGGGGCUAAGCACGUAACACGCGAGCUAGUUUGUUCCAAACAAGGGCCAUGGAAGGCGCUGUGCGGCCAGCGAGCCCGUUGCCUUGGAAUCCCCCCUCUGGUGGAGCGGGCCCUUGCACCGAGACCCGCGCGGUGACGUGCCGAGCGAAGCGGCGAGCUCCGUCCGGCGGGAUCGCUGACCUGCGACAAGAAGGGAGGGACCGGGGCGCCCCCUGGCGGCUGCGGGCCCGGCUCACGCCCCCGCAGGACGGAGAGACAGAUGGAAUCACAUUAAGAAUUCAAACCAGCGUGAAAGGACUUUUGGAUUCAGAUAUACUGUUAAAGCUGUCAUUUCACUUGCCGAUCAGUUAUCCCUCAAGCCUGCCGAAUAUCUCCAUUAAUUCAGAACAGCUUACAAGGGCACAGUGUAAGGAUGUGAAGGAAAGAUUACUUGAGCAAGCCAAGAGACAUCUUUCUGAACCCAUGGUACAUGAGCUGGUCCUCUGGAUACAACAGAAUAUUAAGCACAUCAUUGGGCAAUCAGAAACUUCAGUUUGCAAUGAAAAAUGUACUUUGUCAAGAUGCAUAAGUACAGAGGAUGGUAUAUGGACUAUCCUUUUGCAUUUAGAUCACAUGAGAGCUAAGACAAAAUAUGUCAAAACUGUGGAAAAAUGGACUUCAGAUCUAAGGCUGACUGGAAGACUGAUGUUUAUGGGCAAGAUAAUACUGAUUCUUCUGCAAGGAGACAGAAUCAGCAUUAAGGAAUACUUGAUUCUUCAGAAAACCUCUAAAGUAGAUGUGGACUCAAGCGGAAAGAAAUGCAAAGAGAAAAUGAUUAGUGUGCUGUGUGAAACAAAAGUACAGAGCGAGCAUAAAAGGUUUCAGGCAUUUGAAGUCAAAGAAUAUUCAACUUUGGAUGAGAUACAAAAGGAAUUUGAAGCUGCAGGACUUAUUGAUCUUUUCUCUGAAUUUGUGCCUGCUUUGUUAAAAUAAAUUUGUAAGAAAACAUUGGAAUCUUUGAUUAUAGCAGCAGUUGACUGUAGAGAGUGAGAAGAUAAAAUGGAAUGUUUGUUUGAGAACAUCUUUAAAGCCGCUCUGAAGUAAAAUGCGAAAGAAGAAGACAUCUACUUGCAAGAAACAAAAGGCAAUUCACAUGUUAUGAAAAGAUCAUAUUUUUGACUGUGCAUUGACUUUUGACAGGAAAUGCUGAGUUUAACAGUUGAACCGUUAGGUCAAAUAUGAAGGAUGAUGGGGAAAAAUCACCAUUCCUUUUCUCUGAGAUUCAGUUAGAAUUGUAUCAUCUCCAGUUGUCCUGUAAUUAAAGUAUAUUUGUCAAGA